GCAGAUGUUCAUAGCGGUGCGAACUUCCGUUGGUGUCAGAGCAACUUAUAGAUCGUUUUUCACGACAGCGGCUUACAAUAUGCCUAUAAAGGUUGGUGAUAAACUGCCCAGUGUAACAGUUCAUGAAGGCAGUCCCAAUGGAGAAGUAAAUAUAUCUGAAGUGUUUGCUGGAAAGAAGGCUGUGUUAUUUGCAGUCCCUGGAGCCUUCACACCAGGAUGCUCAAAGAACAUUGAAAUAUUGGCAGCUGUUAUUGUAGAUUGCAGCCGUAAUGUCUAUGGAUCUCUUUGUGAGCAUAAGUGUAUAUACUCCCUUAUUGUGGAGGAUGGAGUUGUGAAACAUGUCAACUUGGAGCCUGAUGGUGGUGGAUUGACUUGUAGCUUGUCAACAAAUAUCCUGUCUCAGCUGUAAAAGAUGUGUGCAUGCAGCCACUCAACUAUAAUAAACAGAAUCUGCUAUUUGCCAUUACUAGUACAUGUACAUGUAUUAUAAAGAGAUUUUCUUUGAGUUGUACUUUGUGUUAAAAAAAACACUUCUUUUUUGGGGGGAACCAUUGAUAAUGAAGCACAUUUGAUAUAGUUGAAGUACUUCUGUCAGUUCACACCAAGUUCUAUUUAGGGUUAACAUUGGGUCUGGUGAAUAGAUUGAUUCGUAAUGAAUGCACUGAAAGCCAUGUUUCAGCAAGUCUCAGAAGUUUUGGGGCAGCCAAUUUACUAUGGUUUUGACGAAAUGGUUGGCUUUCGAAUCUCGCUGGUGUCGUUUUGUGGUCAUGCCCACUCUGGGUGAAUCUAUAUAACAGUAGCGGACGAUCGUCAUACUUGAGGAGUUAAUCAGCAGCGGUCUCACAGUUGGAUGGCGAUUUUGCUUUCAAAUAUACCAGAGAAAGUGUUCUAUGUUCUUCGUGUAAUUAGGUGUUCGUAUACAAGGGACUGUCCACGCAAAAACGACGAAUGAAGUCAAAUUUUAUUAGGAUUGGCCUUAAUAUUAGUCCAAUCGUUUGGAUGUUGAAGUUUAUUUUCUUCUGAUUUGUAGGAAACUGUAUCUCAACUUGUCUGUUCGUUUAGUUUCAAGCAGUGUUCAAGAUGGCUACCACCAUAUAGUAAAUAUCGGUGGAUUAAUCGCAUUUAUCAUAUUAUCACUUGUACGCCAGCUACUACUUGUACAUUAUAAUGCCUCGCAAAGCAAAUCAUUCAGGAGAAUCCAUACAUGUAUCCAGGCUAUGUAAAAGCAUUCUAUGUCCCCUAAUGCAAUAUAGACUCGCCCAGAGUGGACUAAACCACGAGUCGGCACCAGCGCCAUUCAAAAGCCAACUGUUUAGUCAAAACCCAAGCAGUUAGCAAAUUCACUCGCGAGUUUGCAAUUUGGCUGCCCCAAUAUUUCUGAGACUUGCUAUAACACUAAAUAACCUAGCCAAAGCGCAUGUUUCAACCCUGUCACUGUCGAAAUAGGCUAUAUUCUGUACUACAGUAUUAAAUUCGCUCAUUGAGUCAAACCACCUAAUUUCUGUUCCAAAUAAAAACAAUUUCCUUUCUCCCCACAAACUUCUUAUGGAAAAGAAAUUAAACUUUUUCUUUCGUUGGAAUUACAAUGUACCAUCAUUGAGGUUUCUAAUUCUACAAUCGUAACCUGACUAUGGUACAUGUAUAACAAUUGAGCCACCUUUCAAAAAUGUCAUGAUACAUUUAAUGGAUGGAUUUCAUGCUCAGCCAAGGUUAUUUCACAAUUUUUAAUGGAUUUUGUUCAUAAUUGUAUUCAUUCAAUAUGAUAUAGCUCCUUAUUUGGAGAUAUUACUAGCAUUUAGUUCUAUUGGUUUCAGUAAAAAUCAAUUCCUGUUCAGUAUCUAAAUAAACUUAUGACUGUGCCUUAAGUUUUUCCCAGUUUGUAUAUUAAAUAUUCCAUUCCUUUUAUGU